AUGGUAAUAUAUAGUUUCGCUACAAAAUUAUCCAAGGAUUAUAUUUCAUUUUAUGAAAACGGAAAAGAAUGUGCUGACGUUAUAAUUCGAGCAGGAAGAGAAGGGAGCGCUGAAGAAUUUUAUGCACAUUCGUUCGUUCUUUUAAUUCGUUCGACUUACUUUCGUAAAGAAUUAAAGGGGAUUAAAGAAAAUAAUGACGGUAAUAAAAUUAUUAUUGAAAAACCUGAUAUUAACCCAAAAUUAUUUGAUAAAAUUCUCAGAUAUUUUUAUGGUGGUAACCUAGAAUUCGAUGAGAAGAACCCUAAAGAGAUGUUUGAAUUCUUUUUAAUAACUAAGGAAUUGAAUGUUUCAGAAUUACUUGACGUUUUACAGAAUCAAUUUUUAAAAUCACCAAAGCAAAUUUAUCAAAAUUUUAGUACUACCCUACAAAUAUCAUCAUCUCAUGGUUCAUUUAAAAAACUUCACGAAUUUUGCUUAAAAACCAUUGAAAAUUCUCCAGAAAUCAUUUUUAAAUCAAAAGAUUUUAAUUUAUUAAAUGAGGAUACGUUACUCGUUCUUUUACAAAAUGAAAAGUUAAAAGUUGAAGAAAUAGAGAAAUGGGAAUCCAUUAUCAAAUGGGGGAUUUCUCAGACUUUUGCGGAAACUGGAAGCUCAUCUUCAUCAUCACCCGCUGUUGAAAAUUUUGCGGAUGUUUCAUUGUGGACUAGAGAUAAAUUCAGAAAUUUGUCAAAUACUCUUAAGAAAUUUAUUCCAUUAAUUAAGUUUUAUAAUAUUACUCCAGAAGAUUUUUAUGAGAAAGUUAAACCAUUUAAGAAAAUUAUCGAAAAACCGCUUUUUGAAGAUAUCCUCAAAUAUCACAUAGUAUCCUCCAAAAAAUUGGAUUCAACUACAUCAAAACCUACAUCACAGCCUUCAUCUCAAGCUAAUAAGUCAAUUAUAGGUAGACCUAGACAAGGCAGUUCGGGUAUGAUUGGAAAUAUCCCUAAUCAUGGUCCUGUUUUUAAUGGUGCCUUGUAUCUUAAAGGAGAUUUUGGCAGAGAAUACGGAUCUAUUUGUAAAGGUAACGCUUAUACCGUUCGUAUCAGAGAUAUACAAGUUCCAUUCCUUGUAGAAGAGCUCGAAGUUUAUCAAGUAAUCAAAGAAAUUCAUGGAUCGAUUCCUCAAUUUCCAUCUCCUUCUGAAUUUAGUUAA